UUGGAAGGUUGCGCCAUGGGUAUCCACAUAACAUUUUGUCUACUAUUUUUACUGAUGAUGUUUUCGGAUGCGAUGGAAAGCAAAUAUCAGCUAUCAAACCUCACUAUGACACAGAGACUGGAUUCACUAUUCAAACGUCCUCGUUAUGAUCCCAGACUCCGUCCCUACUUCAACGAAAAGCCAGUGACUGUUAAAGUGGGAUUCUGGGUAGUAGCAAUUGACGCAAUUAACGUAAUGGACAUGGAUUUUGGUUUAGACAUUUUUCUCCGUCAAAGGUGGACAGAUCCGAGGCUUGACCAUGGUCUCCGUGAUACAUUGUCUCUUAGCAACACUGUUAUCUCCCACAUAUGGCUGCCUGAUAGCUACUUUAAAAAUGCUAAGGAUGCAAGCUUUCAUGACGUCACCACUCAAAAUAUGAUGAUCACCAUUGGCCCGGGUGGGUUGGUGGAUUAUAACGCCAGAGUGACCUUAAAAGCUUCUUGUCCAAUGGAUCUCAGACUUUACCCCAUGGAUGUUCAGCACUGUCCUCUGAUAAUCGAAAGCUAUGGUUAUGAUAUGAACAAUAUUGCUUACAAGUGGGAAAUCGACAGCGAGGAUGGCAUGUCUUUUGUACCGAGUGACAUGAAGAUGUUACCUCAGUUCAAACUCACCAAGUUGCAGUUGUCCUCAUUAUACACCACCUAUGUUAUUGGUAACUGGUCGGGAGUGAAAGCUUCAUUCACCUUACAGCGUCUGUACAGUUACCAAGUGAUUCACCUGUACGGACCCAGUGCCCUUAUUGUCACACUCUCUUGGCUUACCUUUUUACUGCCUCGGAACCAGUCUCCUGCCCGAGUCACCCUGGGAGUGACGUCAGUGCUCACUAUAGUAACCAUUCUUACAAUGUCUAACAAUGCCAUGCCCAAGGUAAAUUAUGUGAAAGCUAUUGACAAGUACUUGAUUGUAUCAUUCCUGUUCGUGUUCUGUUCCCUGGUGGAAUAUGCCAUUGUGCUUCUACUUGAUCGAGGAAAACGAAAGUUUGAGCUAAGAAAGAAGGAAGUCGGGAACUUCACAGACAAGUGCGCUGAAAGUGUGAGACAAGGUAAUGGUAGUAGAAGACGCAAGCAGCCAGCGGUGACACUCGAAGAAAACGUGAUCCAUGCAUUCAGGAACGGAAGAGCAAAAUCUGCUAGCCUCACAAAUGGAAAGUGUUUAAAAUGCUGCUCGGACGAGAACCUGGGGAUGCAUGUUCCACAAACCGAGACGCAAAGUAAUUGUGGGAAAUGUUGGAACGGUGUUCAGGAAUAUAUUUAUCGCGAAGCUUUUAUCGUUGGCGUCGAUGAGUUUUCUCUCAAGCUGUUUUCGUUUGUAUUCUUUACCUUCAACUUGUUUUAUUGGUUAACACUUUUCUUCUUUCCUGAUUAUAUCAUGUAACACCAGGCCUAGUUAUAAAUGGAGUGAAACGCAUUAUAUAAUGUUACGUCUUUCUGCCGAGAGUUCUAAACUUCACAAAAACAAAGCAUGGUUUAAGCUUCCAAGUGAAUUGUGCCACUAAAGAAAAUCUACAACGGACAACACAACCCCUCAACAUCAGUGUACAUAUUUUCCAUACUGUUUUAUAUAAAUUUCCUACAGUGCUGUCAAGAGAAGUUGUGUGCAAAUCAAGAGGUUCUUUAGUUAGUAAUCAUUUCCUUUAUUCUUGUAACCUAAAUGUGUGAUGUUGUAAGGAGAUUUUAGAUGCUAGUCACUCUCAAAAAGGGUCAAAGGAUGAAUGUGACAGACUCCACAAAAUGGGAUUUCUUGAUACUUUGUGUGGGCAUGUUUAUCUAAUAUGUGUCUGAUCUCUGUUCUACUAGUAACAGUACUACAAGUUUCCAAAAAUUUGAAAUCUGACAGUCCAAAGGUAGUGUACAUGAUGCAUGUGGAGCAUUAGUAAAAAUUUUCAUCAGUAA